CACAGCUAGACUUGCUCUUGGAUGGAGGAUCCGUUGACCCAACAUUUGCUAAAGAACUAUUUGAGAAACAAUGCUUUCUACAAGGUUUUUCAAAUGUCCAGCCAAAAUGUUGAUGCUGAUCAGAGAAUAACUCAUGAUCUAGAAAAGUUAACCUCUGACUUGUCAGGACUUGUCACUGGAAUGGUUAAGCCUACUGUUGACAUUCUGUGGUUCACAUGGAGAAUGAAGCUAUUAACAGGUCAGAGAGGAGUUGCCAUAUUGUAUGCAUAUAUGUUACUUGGUCUGGGUUUUCUGAGGACUGUUACUCCUGAAUUUGGUGAUCUGGCAAGUAAAGAACAACAACUUGAAGGGACAUUUAGGUUCAUGCAUGAAAGGUUGCGCACUCAUGCUGAAUCUGUUGCAUUUUUCGGAGGUGGUGCUCGAGAAAAAGCUAUGGUAGAGUCAAAAUUCAGAGAGCUUCUUGAUCACUCUGUCUUACUUCUGAAGAAAAAAUGGCUCUUUGGUAUACUAGAUGAUUUUGUGACAAAGCAGUUACCACAUAAUGUGACUUGGGGCUUGAGCUUGUUAUAUGCUAUUGAACAUAAGGGAGACCGAUCCUUGGUUUCAACACAAGGGGAGCUGGCACAUGCAUUGCGGUUUCUAGCAUCUGUUGUGUCCCAGAGCUUUUUAGCCUUUGGAGACAUCCUCGAAUUGAAUAGGAAGUUUGUUGAGCUCUCUGGUGGUAUCAAUCGAAUUUUUGAGCUUGAGGAGCUUCUGGAUGCUGCUCAGUCUGAUAAUUCCUUGAAAUCGAAGAGCAGUGAACUUUACUCUCUUGACGUUAUUUCCUUUUCUGAGUGGAUAUCAUUACCCCAGCACAGAAAUUGUUGGGCCAGGCAAUUGACUUGUGACAUAAUACCUGGGAGAAGCCUACUUGUUACAGGUCCAAAUGGGAGCGGGAAAAGUUCUGUUUUCAGAGUCCUUAGAGGUCUUUGGCCCAUUGUGAGUGGACGCCUUGUCAAACCAUUCCUUCAGAUUGACAAAGAAAGUGGAUCAGGUCGUGGUGUCUUUUAUGUUCCCCAGAGACCAUAUACGUGCUUAGGAACACUGAGAGAUCAAAUUAUAUAUCCUCUCUCUCACGAGGAAGCGGAACUAAGGGCCGUAAAGUUGCAUCGAACAGGUCAAGGUUCUGGUGACACCGAAAGCAUUCUUGAUUCUCGAUUAAAAACUAUUCUAGAUAAUGUUAGACUUAAUUAUCUUUUGGAAAGGGAGGAAGAUGGGUUGGAUGCAAACCUGAAUUGGGAAGAUAUCCUUUCUCUUGGAGAGCAGCAGAGAUUAGGCAUGGCACGUUUGUUCUUUCAUCAGCCCAAGUUUGGUAUUCUUGAUGAAUGUACCAAUGCCACAAGUGUUGAUGUUGAGGAACAACUUUAUAGACUUGCAAAUGAUAUGAGUAUCACGGUCAUUACCUCCUCACAGCGCCCUGCUCUAAUACCAUUCCACUCCUUUGAAUUACGGCUCAUUGAUGGUGAAGGUAACUGGGAGCUUCGUGCAAUUAAGCAAUGAAUGGCCCUACUCUGUAAGAUGAUAUAUUAGCUGUUAUUUUUGCAUGGAAUCUGGUUUCAGUCAAAAUUCAAGUUCCUUAUAUAUGAUAGAAUUGAUCAAUUUUAGCAUAAAUCAGAGAAUUGGGUUAUCUUGGUAGUACAUAUUUCGGCCGAAAAGGAUCCCCAAUCACAAGUUUUUUGCCGUGAUACGGAAUAUUUAUUGGUUUGACCUAUGCUCCUGAAUCAUACUUGUGCUCAGUGCAGUAGAGGCCAAAAGGUGAACUGGUCCUCGUCAAAUAUUUUAGCGUAUAAGCUAUCAAAGUUUAGUUAGGGAUAUUUCCAUUGGAACAUAAAAGUACGUCAUAAUUUUUGUAGCUGCAAUUAAAUCAUUUAAUGUACAGUUUCUUUCUCUUUUUGAUCUCGGCUCUAUUUUUGGGAUACGUUGCCCAUUAGUGUUGUAAGAAUUAGAUAACUGAUUAAUUUGAUUGAUUCCCUUGAAUAAAAAUGUGGGGAAUAUAAUCUUUUUUUCUUCCAA